AUGCUCUAUGCGGGUGUACGACUGGACAUCAGUGGCGCGGGGGAGAGUGAUGUCGGUGCAGCCAUCCCAGUUGACCCGCAUGGUGGAUGUGAAGCGAGUGAUGGUGAAGUUGGGCUGAUCAUAGAAGCAAUCCUUCCUCCCGCCGCCACGCCUCCAUCUGCCCGCCGACGCGUCCGACCUCCGCGCCGACGCGGACGACCAGCGCGGCGACGCGGACGACCUGCGACCGCCGCGGACGGCCAGCGCGCGACCCCCGACGACCAGCGCGCUGCCGCGGACGGCCAGCUCGGCCUCGCCGACGGCCCGCGCGCUGACGCGGACGGCCAGCGCGGCCCCGCCGACGACCCGCGCGCUGACGCGGACGGCCAGCGCGGCCCCGCCGACGACCCGCGCGCUGACGCGGACGGCCAGCGCGGCCCCGCCGACGACCCGCGCGCUGACGCGGACGGCCAGCGCGGCCCCGCCGACGACCCGCGCGCUGACGCGGACUGCCAGCGCGGCCCCGCCGACGAGCCGCGUGCUGACGCGGACAGCCAGCGCGCGGCCACGAAAGAACCGCGCGCCACCACGGACGGCCAGCGCGCGGCCGUCGACGCCCCUGCGCCGACGUGGACGGCUGGCGCGCAGCCGCGGCUGAUCUGCCCGCCUGGUUAUACACUCCGCUCCGUCGUGUUCCAGGAGGAAGGCGGACUCCAGCCCAUCGCCCCUUCUGCCCCCACCGGACCUCCUCCUGAUGAGCCCGGACCUGAGCCCGAGUCCCCUGGUGAUCCUCCCUCCUUCGCACCGGAUGUCAACAAUCCUCAAAGCGUGGAAACUGCCAUCCGUGCCUACCGCAACACACUCAACGACCACCUUCGCCGUCAGCUGCGCUAUGAGGACGACAAGCGCGCCUACGACGAGGCUGCUGCCCGUCACCGCGACUACCACGCCCAACUCACCACGUACACUACACGCCUCGCUAGCUACACCUCCGACAUCGCUGCGUGGCGCAUUGCUGACCGCCGAGCUCUCGCCAUCCUCCUCGCCACUAUCCCCUCCUCCCUCAAGCGAGAACUCUCACCCACCUCCUCCUCCCACCUGUGGCAACUGCUUGUCGACCUCUUUGACCGGCAGGACAUCGCCACCCUCUAUGCCCUCAUCAAGGACUUUGGAUCCAUCACCAUGGAUUCCACUGCCGGCGCAGCCGCCUUUACUCGCCGCGUCCUUGACCUUGCUCGCCGCCUUGCAGCACUUGGUGUCACCUACCCUGACACCGUCAUCUGCUGCCACCUCCUCGAAGGCCUCACUCCUGCCUUCGAUGCCCACAAGCUGGCCUAUAUGCAACUCCUCUCCAAACAUGACACUCUCGCUCAAGUUGCCCAGUGGAUUAUCACCACCGAGGCAGAAAUCCUUCGCCACUCCUCCUCCACUGCCGCGGUAGCACAGCAGCGCAGCGGCAAAGGCGGACGUGGAGGGGGGCGUGGAGCAGCAACCGUUUCCCGGCUGGACCGCUGGGAAUGCAGCCUCUGCGGCCCACCUCUCCGGUCCCUCCCCUGCGCCGUCCACAGGUGGUAG